AUGGCUGGGCUUGGUUUCCCUGAUGCACAGCAGGCUGCCAUGAAUAGGCAGAUGCCGAUGGCUGGCUCCCUGCUGCGGGAAGCAGAGGAACUGGAGCGCAAGCUGGGCAGCAAAGCACGAAGCAACCAGCGCAUGUCGCCCAGAGACUUCUUCAACGAGCUGCCCGCCAUCCUGACCAACUUCUUUGGGCUCUCGCAGUCGGACUCCUCCACAAACAUGUUCACAAACAAGCGAACCGCAGCUUGUGCGGAGCACUUGUUCUACCCUGAGGGUCCGAUCCUGUCGCACAUCGAGCUCAUCCAACGAGAGGGAAAGCGAUACGGCCUUCCUCUCAAGUUCUUGCCGCUGUUCUUCAGCACGAAACUGGCGAUGGAAGCUGUUCCCCACCUGCCGCCCAUCGUCCAGGCCAUGCUCGCACAACCGGCCAACACCGCCAAGCUCGACCACCUCAGCCCACGUCCCUUUGCGUACUUCUACAUCAUGUACUGCAUGCGGGCGCUGAAGAGCAGCGAGCGCGAGCGGCUCGAGUCAUCGCAGAAUGUCUACUACCGCCUCCUCGCUGCAUUCCUCAACUACUACGUCCCAACCAAGGACAGCAGCACCAGCGCCACCCAGCCGCCAACAGCCGCAUCCGCCGCUCGCAGCGCAGGGAGCCCGUCCCUCCGAGCCGCUGGGACGGCGGCGCUGCAGAAGAUCAACACGGCGACUCACGUCAUGACAGAACAGGGGUUCUCUGGCAUCUCGAACAUUGAUCAGAUCUGGCAAGCGUCCGCCCACGCUGUGCAGCAAGUUGGCGGCCAGUGCACACGUGUUGAGCAGACGCACGCAUUCCUGGCGACGGUGCUGGAGAUGUGGCUCGGGCAAUAUCUCCUCCCAAACCCAUCGCGGGCGAGUGUGACGCACGCUGCGUUGGUUGUGAUGGUGGUGCGUUGGCUGCAGCGGUCGCUGUUCUACCACGCGCACGCCGUCGCACAUCCAGACCAGCACCCGCCCGAGCACGCCCAGCUCAUCAAGGCCAGAUACAGCGUGAUUCGCGGGUUGUACCGCCACUAUCUUCCGGCCAUCUGUGCGUUUGUGCACACGAACCUCCGCCCCCAGCACACCGCAUGUCACCAGGUGCGCCAGCCAAUCGUCAUGGUGAUGACAGUGGUGAUGAUUGAUGGUGAUGGUGACGCGCUGGACUGCCUGUUGAAGAUUCUCUCGCCGUGGAAGUACACAUAUCCGGACAAGUCGCCCAUCACCCGCGAGGCAGCAGCUGAGCAUGUGCGUGCGCACGUGUCGUUCUUCACGGUGCUGGCGCUGCAGGCGGUGGAGAACAUUGCACACAUGGACCUCGGAUACGACGAGGCAAAGUGGCGUCGUGGAAAGGACGCAUCCCUCAACUUGCUCGUCAAAUUCCUCAACGUGUUUCCGACACCAAUUGCGCAAGUUACGGUGCAGUCGCUGAUAUCCGAUGAGGAGGAGGCGUUUGUGACGUCAUGGGGCCGCGAACGUGUCGCCACAGCCCUCCACGAACAGCUCCAAGCGUUUGAUCCGCGCGUGUUGCGGACGUUUGCUCCACUUUUCUUUCGUGACUCAGCACGAACGCCGGCCCAGCUGCAGCAGGCGGCGGCGCGUGCAGACAAGGCCAUUGCCGCAUCAUAUGAAAGCGUGUCCCGAAACCUGCAACUCGCCAAGGAGCGGGAGCAGCAGCACAUCAGCGCAGAAAUCACGCCGCAGCGGCUGCUGCAGGAGCCGAUGGCUGUCAUCAAUGACCUCUUCAAUCCACGGCCCGCCCUCAACUUCCGCGCACACAGGGCGUAUCGAAAGACGCUGGCGUCCAUCAAGUCCAGCAUCGCCACGCUCUUCCCCGCAGCCGCCACCGCAGCGGCUGCUGGCGAUCGCGCGGCGCUCCUGCGACGAACGGCGUCCGGACACGUUGUCCAGCACGUCGAUCGCAACGUCAUCCGCGCCCGCUGGCUCGCACACUACGCUUCCAUGAGGCGCCAGCCGGUUCGUUCGUUUGAGAUUGGAUUCCUCGUCCACAUUCUCAACCGUCUCUCAACGUUCCUCAACGAGAAGGCUGCUGGCGAUCGCGCGGCGCUCCUGCGACGAACGGCGUCCGGACACGUUGUCCAGCACGUCGAUCGCAACGUCAUCCGCGCCCGCUGGCUCGCACACUACGCUUCCAUGAGGCGCCAGCCGGUUCGUUCGUUUGAGAUUGGAUUCCUCGUCCACAUUCUCAACCGUCUCUCAACGUUCCUCAACGAGAAGCUUGAGCACCGACCGUGGCUGUAUUCGCACCUGGCACCGCAUCAGCUUGAAGAGUAUGUUGCGCAACACGCCAUUCUGGAUGACGGGCUGUUUGGGAUUUGCCCCGCCCACGAGGUCGACCCCUCCACUCUCUUCCACAUCUUCGUCACCCGCGACGGCAUGGUUGAGGCAGACACGUUGACUGCGACCGCUGACGGCGGCAUCACGCUUGAUGGCCAUCUCCUGUUUGCAGACGUGGGCGAACUCGUCGCAUUCUACAGACAAUGUCCGUACUACAUUGAUCGCAGCGGCAAGGAAUACGUGCUGAAGCCCAUCCCGCACACGCCAGACGAGAACGAGCGUGCACCGACACCGCUUGAAGCAACGCUGCUGUCACUGCGCCGCAAGCUGUUCCCGAUCAACUUGCGUCACGCAGCCGAUGUGCGCAUGUGGGCGUGGCUGCUGGUGCCCAUGCUCGCCUGGUACCUAACGACGUCCGUCAGCAUGGCUGCCUUUGUGCUGCUGCUUGUGGUGUUUGCCAUGAUUGUUGCCGGUGUUGUCGCCGUCGCUUCCACACCCGCGCCACACGCGUGA